GUUCUAUUGAAUUCUCUUUAGUUUCGAUUUUAUGAUCGAAUUUUUGUGAUUGUUUACUAUAAUGGCUUUUAGAGAAAAACAGCGGGAAAAAAGUAAAGCAGUGCUUUAUGAAAUCUUAUUUUUUGUUAAAAGUAUACAAAUUUCAGAAGAAGUGCAUAUGUGCAGAAACACACAUCGUAACAUUAAAUAUUGAAGGCUUUAAUACAAAAUAAUCAAAUGGCUGAACGAUUAGAAGAUUUAAAUCUUCCAAAUGCAGUUGUUACUAGGAUUAUAAAGGAAGCUUUGCCCGAUGGAGUUACUAUAGGAAAAGAUGCGAGAACUGCUAUUGCUAAAGCUUCAUCAAUUUUUAUUUUAUAUUUAACGUCAUCAGCUAACAUAAUAGCUAAAAAAGCAAAUCAUAAAACUAUUAGCGGGGCAGAUGUUUUACAGGCAAUGGCAGAUAUAGAUUUUGAUCAGUUUGUAGAUCCUUUACAAGAAUCAUUAGAAAAUUUUAAAAGAACACAGAAAGAAAAGAAAGAUGCUACUAAAAAAAAACAGUCCAAGAAAGAGGAAGAUGAAGUAGUUGAAGACGAAGAUACUGGAAAAGAUAAUUUAUAACAUUGUUGAGAAAUAACGUUUUUGUAUAAAUAUUUCUUGAUAAUAUAAAGUCGACCGACAGAAGUGCAGUUUUUUUACAUUGUUUUAUAUUUAUUAUAACCACUAUAUAAUAAUUAUCAAAUAUAACUGUAUAAUGUUCGCUUUUUCAUAAAUGUAUUUAUUCUUUUAUCUUGCGAAGAUGGAUAAAAGUAUCACUUACAUUUUAUAAUAACAAUGAUUUUUGUAUAUAUUUUCUUUACUAUAUUUUUAUCAUGAUAAAUAUCAUUUUCUUUUUCGCAUACAGUUUAAUAGAUCAAUUUUGUACAUGACCAUUAUAUACAAGCAAAUCAUAUUCAAAUGUCAUAAGAAAUGUUUAUAAUUACUGUGAUGGUUGUUAAUUUUUUUUUUUGUUAUAAAAAUGUCAUAAAUGUUUGUUUAAAAAUAUUUUACUCUACAUUUCUCUUGACGUUACUAUUAGAUUAAAUAAUAUUUCGAAAUUAAUUUAGGUUGUUCUAGAUUUAAAUAUCUAAUAUCAUUAUUGGAAUAUGUAGAAGUAAAGUUAUAUUACUUUAAAAUUAUAUUUAAUAUAACAUUUACAAUUUUUGUAGUAGACUGAGAUGAUUAAUAAAAAUCUUAAUUUAUUUUA